AACCUAAAUCGAAGAAUAAACUAAAGAAACAGACCCCACCUUUGCCUCUUCUCCUCGCCUUCGCCACUUCCCCUUUGCCCUCCGUCCCGCCCCCACGGAAUCUGGAAAAUCCCGGACGCCAUUGCCAACCUUUUCCCUCGAGCACAAGGAAAGCACGCCACAGGGAGGAGGGGUGGUGGAAUUACCGUGAUCAAAUUCGGAAGCUGCUCCGGAGGUGGGUAGAAUCUGGCCGUGGUGAGAGGAAAUGUCUGGUUUCGUGGGGGUCGUCGUCUCCGACCCCUCGUUGCAGGGACAGUUCACGCAGGUCGAGCUCCGAUCGCUCAAGGCCAAGUUUGUAUCUCUAAAGAGAGAAUCCGGCCAUGUCACCACCAAAAACCUCCCGGGACUGAUGAAAAAGUUGAGGGGACUCAAUGAAGUGGUCUCGGAGGAGGAGAUCGCUGCUUUCUUGUCGGAGUCAUACCCAGACAGCGACCAGGAGAUUGAGUUCGAGUCGUUCCUCCGGACGUACCUGAAUCUUCAAGCAAAGGUGACCACGAAGGAAGAAAACGGCGGCAGCGGGACUGGCGCUCGCAAGAACUCGUCGUCGUUCCUGAAAUCCACCAUCACUACUCUGCUGCACAAUCUCAACCAGGCAGAGAAGUCUUCUUAUGUGGCCCAUAUUAACACUUAUCUAGGUGAAGACCAAUUCUUGAAGAAGUACUUACCAGUCGACCCAUCCGGCAACCAACUGUUUGAUCUUAUUAGGGACGGUGUUCUGCUCUGUAAAUUGAUCAAUGUAGCUGUACCUGGGACCAUUGAUGAGAGAGCAAUAAAUAAGAAAAGAGUUCUUAACCCAUGGGAGAGGAAUGAAAACCACACGCUCUGCCUCAACUCCGCGAAAGCCAUUGGGUGCACUGUUGUAAACAUUGGUACCCAGGAUUUGGUGGAAGGAAGGCCUCACUUAGUUCUUGGAUUGAUAUCCCAAAUCAUAAAGAUUCAACUUUUGGCUGAUCUCAAUCUAAAGAAGACACCCCAGCUCGUGGAAUUGUUUGAUGACAGCAAAGAUAUAGAUGAAGUAUUGAGCUUGUCACCAGAAAAGAUGUUACUUCGAUGGAUGAACCAUCAUCUGAAAAAAGCUGGCUACAAGAAAACUGUUAACAAUUUUUCUUCGGAUGUGAAGGAUGGUGAAGCCUAUGCUUAUCUUCUAAAAGCCCUUGCUCCAGAGACUUCACCUGAAACCACAUUGGAAACCAAGGAUCCUGAUCAGAGGGCAAAAUUGGUACUUGAACAAGCAGAGAAGUUGGACUGCAAAAGAUACCUUACACCGAAGGAUAUCACCGAGGGUUCUGCCAACUUGAAUCUUGCUUUUGUUGCACAAAUAUUCCAGCAUCGGAAUGGUUUCACUAGUGACGCUAAACAAGUUACACUCACGCAGACAGCAUCACGUGAUGAUGUUCUAGUAUCCAGAGAAGAAAGGGCCUUCCGGAUGUGGAUCAACAGCCUUGGGGUUGAAACAUACGUGAACAAUGUUUUCGAAGAUGUUCGCAAUGGAUGGGUACUUCUCGAAGUACUUGACAAAGUUUCUCCAGGAUCUGUCAGUUGGAAGUUGGCAUCAAAACCUCCGAUUAAAAUGCCAUUUAGGAAACUGGAAAAUUGCAACCAAGUUGUAAAAAUUGGGAAGGAGUUGAAGUUUUCAUUAGUAAAUUUAGCUGGGAAUGAUAUUGUUCAGGGAAAUAAGAAAUUGAUAGUUGCACUUCUGUGGCAAUUGAUGAGAUUUAAUAUCCUUCAAUUGUUAAACAAACUGAGGUUUCAUUCCCAAGGAUCCCAAGGAAAAGAAAUUACUGAUGCAGAUAUACUAAACUGGGCUAACAGCAAAGUGAAAGCAUCAGGAAGAACAUCUCGAAUUGAAAGCUUCAAGGACAAGAGCUUAUCAAAUGGAGUGUUCUUCCUCGAACUUCUUGGUGCAGUACAACCAAGGGUUGUAAACUGGAAAGUAGUUACAAAGGGGGAAAAUGAUGACGAAAAGAAGCUAAAUGCUACCUACAUCAUUAGUGUUGCGAGAAAGCUCGGAUGUUCUGUGUUUCUUCUACCAGAGGACAUUAUAGAGGUGAAUCAGAAGAUGAUCCUAACACUUACUGCUAGCAUUAUGUAUUGGAGCCUACAGAGACAGCCACAACCUCAAUCUGAAACACCUGAACCAUCGGAGCCAUCUAGUAUGGCUUCAGAUGCAACUUCCGAUGUUGGUUCGGAGGAUGGUGCCUCAACUGUAGCACCAUCUGAAGGGGAAGAAGUGAAUUCAUUGUCUGAAAGUAUAUCCAAUCUGACCACAGAUGAUGCUACUUCAAAUGCUCCACCUGCAGAAAAUGGAAAUGAUGCAGCAGGAUCCUGAUGAUUAUAUGUUCUUCAUAGCCCUGUCCGUUAGUUUUAUACAGGAAUUGGUACAUCCCUGAUGCCCAAAGUUGCUGCUACCAGAAGUGAAUUUUUACCCUACUUCUGCCUACUUUUCAGGUAGCAUAAUAGAUACAUAUACAGAUAGAUGUAGCUGCCGUUUGUUCAUUAAAUUUUGCUCAAUACUAUAUGGGAAAAAGAGAGAAAUACACACACAUAGGCAAACGUUGGCCAUUUCCUGUACCCUCUUUGGUAUGCUUUAUGGCCUCCUUACGCAACUUGUACCUUGUCGGUCAAUGUUUCCACCUUUUUUUUUCAAUUUGUACUGCUUGGCCAUUAUCGUUUGUACUACUGCUCAGGAUCAUUCAUGAGCUGUACAUAACAUAUUGAAGGAAUUUAUGCCGUGUCCAGGAAUUAUUGUAGACACCACA